UCUCCUGAGCCUGUGCAGACCGAUCUUGAGGGCCACUACGUCGGCCCAUCCUCCGGAGUCUCGUUUCUGCUCAGGAUUCAAAAGAGGCUAGAUCAGUUUGUGUCAUUCCCGCAAGGAUCCUCCAUCUUCACCUUUGGCGACGUGCCGCUGCCGUACCUGGACUCGCUGCAGAAUGAGGCGCCGUACUUUGAUCCGACGCUCUACAUGAUGUUGUCCAGAAGCGAGACUACGCGCCUUGUUCAGAGGUAUUUCGACUUUGCCGUGCCUGUCGACAGAUUUCUUCACCAGCAGACCGUUGAGAUGUGGCUUGAGGAGCUGUAUGAGACCAAGGGGAAGAUGCAUAACAGAGAGGAUGCGUCCAUCCGGAAAGCCGUCUUGUUCAUGGUAUUUGCGCUUGCUCAGGCGCAUAUGAGCCAGAGACCAACAUCUGAUGACGCUGAUGUGAGUGUCCGGUAUUUUCUUGCAGCACACCAGCUUCUAUCGAGUGAGAAAGGAGCUAUCCGUCUGGAGAGCAUUCAGGCCCGACUGCUGCAAUGCCUCUGGCUGUUAUCAGAGUCACGAAUCAACCAUUGCUGGAACCUCUUUGGAACCGCUGCGCGCCUUGCAUAUGCCAUUGGCCUACACCGGAAGCGGCAUGCUGAUCGUAUCGACCGCAUCGAGGUAGAAUGCCGGAGAAGGACAUUUUGGAGUGCUUAUGCUUUAGACAACUACCUCAGCAUGGCAUUGGGAAGGCCGCGCACGUUUCAUGAUGAUGACAUUGAUCAAGAGCUUCCAUCUUGUGUAGACGAUCACCAGAUUUAUGCCGAUCACGUCAACCAAGACAGCACCCUCGGACAAUCGGUAAUGUUGGGGCCGGUGGCCUAUGCCAAGAUGUCUCGAAUUCUGAGCAUGAUUCUUCGGAACGUCUACUCCAUUCACGCAACGUCGCGUGAUGACAAACACGCAUUUGCGACCAUACAUACCAAGGAGCUUGUUGAGUGGCGAGAAAACGUUGCUCAUUUUCUCGAUCCCGUGACCCAUAUGCCUCUGAUACCCAUCUUCCAGCGCCAGAAGAAUGUCCUCAAUCUGGCAUACUGGCAUACUAUGAUCCUCACUCAUCGACCCUUUCUCUUGCGAAACUUUGCAAAUCUGCAGAAUGGCAGCAGGCCAAGACGUGACGAUCGCGAGUUCGAAUCUCGCAUCGAGCAAAGUGUCAAUGAAUGUCUGCAGGCGGCUACGAAUAUCACCAGAACGGUUAACGAUAUGUACCAAGGAGGACAGCUUUUCCGAGCAUAUUGGUUCACAUCAUAUUUCGCCUUUUCAGCUGCAGUCAUACUGUAUGUUUACACAAUUCAGAAAAGCAAUGAGCCCGAGGAAAUAUAUAGUGGCUACCUCUCGGCUGCAACUCGGUGCCAAGAUCAGCUCUCUAAUCUCGCAGAAGACGGAUCUUUAGUCGCGAGAUACUGUUUGGUGCUGGAAGAGCUGCGCCUCGAAGCCCUAAGGCAA